CGCCGCGCGCGUCCACCAGAAACGGAAGAGACAAGCAGCCCAACGGCGGCGCCGUCCUCCCCUCUCCUUCCUUCCACGCACCAGUAUAAAAGGACCCGCGCCUCUUCGCACUCCACGUCAAUCCACAAAGCCAAGAUCACAGAGUUCGGUGAUUUCGUGUGGGAGGAGGAGAAGAGCGAAGCGAUGAGCUUGAGGUACAUGAGCCGGGUGGGCGCGCGGGCGGCGCAGGCGGUGCGAGAGAGCACCGGCAGGUCCGUCAAGGACAAGGCGCAGUCGGCCUCUUCGUCGGCCUCGAUGGCGAGGAGCGGCAGGGCGGUCGGGUGGGUGGACUCGGGCAGGAUCAGCGCCGCCGCGGCGGCGAGGAGGAAGGCGGAGGAGGAGAAGCGGCGGCGCGCCGAGCAGGCGCUGCGCACCGUCAUGUUCCUCUCCGUCUGGGGUCCCAACACCUAGAAUUUGCAGACCAUCUGCGUGUAAUUGCUGCUAGCCUACUACUGUUGUGCUUGCGCAUGUUUCUGUUCGAGAUGAAGGAAUUGUAAAUGACCUGAUAUAUGGACACAAAUCGAUCUGUUGAUUCUUCGAACAAGGCUCUGGCUCUGUUGCUGAUCUCAA